CGAUCCAUAAACUAGCUGCUAAAUGACUCCUUUCUGUUGUGGUGAAAUCCAGUCCUUCUAUAGAGGCUAUAGCUUUGUUGUAAAGAUGUGAGUGCUGUAGCGAGAUGCGCCUUCGGCUCCAGCAGAUAGUACUCAAACACUCAAGACUAACACCAGACUAACACCACAUGCCCUCAAUUCAAUUGAAUUCAACCUCAGCUCAAGAUUCCGAACAUAAAUAUCAAUACAUCUCAAACUCAACCCCUCUCAUAACGUUGCAUCGGAGACAGGCGGUGGUGCAACUUAACCUCCGAGCCGGCCCGGAAACAGAAGGCGGUCAGCCCUUUCUGCCAUGCCGAUGGCCUCACGUCGUGCAACCCGCAAGCUCCUCAUCCGCUAGCUCCCCGAGCAGCGCAGAAACCCGCCCCGACGAGCCCGCGAUCCCGUCGCCGACCUGCAGAACAAACCGCCCGCUCCGAACCCCCGACGAUCGAAACUUCCGCCUGGGAGUCUUCCAGCGCGCCAACUCGAACCCCGGAUCCGCAAUUCGUCCCAUGGCCGCCAUGGCCGCCCAGAACCCGCCCGCAGAGAGGGAGAAGCUCGGAGUGCCCUCACGGAAUCCCCUGCCUCUCUCGGCCUCGCAGGAGGCCCAGGUCCGAGAUAUCUAUUACCAGAGAGUACGGAGCCUAUGCGCCGAGGAAAUCAAGGCCUUCGCUGCAUGCGCCCUCGGCCGAACCUUUACCGUCUCAUUCGUUUGCCGCCCCGAGCACCGGGUCAUGAACAACUGCAUGAAGCUUCACGCCACCCAGGACGAGCACGACGCCGCCCGCGUGGAGUGGUUCUCGAUGCGUCUGGAGCGCCAGCGCGAGCGCGAGCGCAAGAACAAGGUGGCCGCCGCCCAAGAGGAGUUUAUGCGCGAGUGGUGGGGUCUGCCCGAGCACGUGCGGCUAUCACGACAGAAGGAGAUGGAGCAGCGCGGGGAGAGGAUACAUGGGUUGACGACCAAGGACCGGCCACCGAUGGAAGGUGAGAAGUCAAAAUAAACGAAUGUGAGGGGAUUGUAUGACAGGGAGCGGUGGUUGAUGUUGCAUCUGUGGCGUUCUUGGGAGGAUCUUGAAAUCUACGCCGCUCUGAUAUAUGGGGGCAUUGUACAGUUGACAACAGAAGUUGAGCGGGUAUGUGUACGAAUAACAAAAGAUAAAGACAAGACAAAGACAAAGACGAGAGACAAAAUACUUCUAUGGAAGAAGAGCAAAAGACACUGGUCCCAAAUGUGGACGCCAGCCUCGGGAAUAAGUGGGAUAUGCGGGCGAAUCCUUCUGAUCGAGGCAGAUCACUCUCAGGGGUCAGUUAUCGUAUAUUAUGCGCAACCAAUCAGCUGUAUUAGACAGGCAGAUGUCGACAUGGGCUUGGAAUGUGUUAUUAUAUCUAUGUGAAAUCGACACAGGUUGGCUUGUGUAUAGGGUAUUAAACCUGACAGAAGAAGGGAAGGGUUUUAGGUCGGGC